GAGGCGGUGACGCAGGGCCCGGACUCGCGCGUCCAGCGGAGAAGCAGGAGAAGCCGGCGACCUUGCGCUCUCAGCCUGAUCCCUGUCUGGCGGCCUGAACAUUCGCAGGUUGGAAAGAUCUGUUUGCCAUACUGGGUUUGUUCUCAUUUCGAUCAGAUAUUUUCUGCAGAGACUGGGUAUCCGAUCAGGAACCCCAAGACCAAGUUCUCAGCACCAAGGAGACUGACUUGCAUCAGAGGGACAGAGGCUGGAGAGAUGGCGUUCGUGAAGAGUGGAUGGUUACUUCGACAGAGCACCAUUCUGAAACGCUGGAAGAAGAAUUGGUUCGACCUGUGGUCAGACGGUCACCUGAUCUACUACGAUGAUCAGACUCGGCAGAGCAUAGAGGAUAAGGUCCACAUGCCCGUGGACUGCAUCAAUAUCCGCACGGGGCAUGAGUGCCGGGACAUCCAGCCUCCAGAUGGGAAGCCCAGAGACUGUCUGCUGCAGAUCGUUUGCCGAGACGGGAAGACCAUCAGUCUCUGUGCAGAGAGCACAGACGAUUGCCUGGCAUGGAAGUUUACACUGCAGGAUUCCAGAACAAACACAGCUUACGUUGGUUCAGCGAUCCUGUCUGAAGAGACUGCAGUGGCCGCAUCCCCGCCUCCCUACGCAGCCUAUGCUACGCCAACCCCUGAGGUCUAUGGCUAUGGUCCAUACAGCGGCGCAUACCCCGCAGGAACUCAAGUUGUCUAUGCCGCCAACGGGCAGGCAUAUGCAGUGCCAUACCAGUACCCAUAUGCAGGAGUUUAUGGACAACAGCCUGCCAGCCAAGUCAUCAUCCGCGAGCGGUACCGAGACAAUGACAGUGACCUGGCUCUGGGCAUGCUCGCCGGGGCAGCCACAGGCAUGGCCCUGGGCUCUCUGUUCUGGGUCUUCUAGAGCCUUCAACAUUUUCUGUGCAUAGCUUCUGUUAGUCCUGUGUGCAGUAAUUUGAUUUGCAGGGCAUUUCUGUUUGUGACAAGUGUCUUUCAUAAUAAUUUAAAUAGUUCUUUUGAAGGUGGUAAUCUAAUAAUUGUGACUGACCUGCAUGGUACCACAAAGAAAGCCCAAGGUAUGCCGUGAGCGAGAGCCUGAGUCCUUCCAGGUACUAGCUUGCACCAAGUCUUUCUUAGGGACUUUUGGAUGACUUUAUGUAAACACACCCAGUUAAAUGGGCAUUUUCCGUCCAGUUAGGUGCAGUGUUGAAUUGAGGGAUGUCUUUCCUUGCUAUGCCAAUACUAAUACUGCUGAUGGAGGAAGAUGUGUGUAAGUGUGGUGAGGAGAGUCACAGCUUCUUUAACUGUGGAUUCUCACUCUAGACCCCUGCUGCGUGUGACCCUAGGAGCUGUGGGCUGGUGGCUCCUGCAAGACUAUGGUGUGAGGACCCCGUAACGUACCCCUUGGAGCACUUAGGUACCCCUUGGAGCUCCUAGGUGCCACCAGCAGGAUUGACUGCUCAGGAUGCAGAGGGCCACCCCCCCCCCUUUAAAAAUUAUGCUCCAGUAAUCUGCCCAGUUUUAUUUUUUUGUUAUUCUUCUGUUUGCUUUUCCUGGAGAUGAUUGGCGUUAGUCUGGAGUUAGGAAUUGAUUCGAGUGCCGGUGGGUGGAGGAGGCAUGCUGGGAGCUGCCCCGCGACCUGUUCUCAGUGUUUGUUUUAGGUCUAUUGAUUGCCAGCUCAGGCUGCAGAGAGCCUAUAGAGACUAUUUUUCUACUUGUAAAGAAAGUAUGGUGAGGGGAAUUGAGGAGAGCCUUGUUAGAAUGUUCCUGCCUCAGGCCUUCUGGGGCCCACACUGCGCGGUCCUGGAGAGGCUUUUCCUCAGCAGUGGAAGGGAGGCCCCGUGGCUGUCCAGAAUCUCAGGUUUUGAGUGAGAAAUGGGAUUGGGUAGAGCAUCUCAGGGAUUUGUUCUAAUCCCUCAUGUUAUGGGGAUCCAGCCGUGUUCUCAGUCCAGACCCACUCACCACAGAAGAGCUUAAAACAUUUCUAGUCCCCAAAUGUGUGACACUGAGAAGCUCACAAUCUGGCUUUCUAACGAAAAUUUGUAUUUCUAAUAUUAGAGAAUAUAUGUUCCACGCAUUUAAAAUUUCUGUUCUUUCAUGUUUUAAAGCUCCCAAUUCCAGCUUUGUGACUGGCAUGUUUUAGUUUCAAACAGUACCCCCACACAAAGGUGGGAUGGCACAGUGAAGGCCCCUGCCCUCUACUUUGCAUAGUCUUGUUUCUCCUGGGUGCUCCCAGGAAGCACUCAUUCUGACUUUGCUCAGCCCAGUGCAUGCGUGCUGCCUUGCCGCCGUGCUGCUGGGUAGCUCUCUCUUGGCCAGAUCAAGUCUUCAACAGAUCUCCAUGUGAGAUAGUUGCCAAGUAGAUGAGGUGGUGCCCAUAGUGCUUUCUCCAUAUUCCUUGGGGACCUGUUGACACAGCCCUGCCCAUUUCCAGCUGAUGUUUGUUUCUCUGUCAUCUCUGAUAGAUGGGAUAUGUGACAACAUGGUAUGGAUGCCGUACAGUGUCGCUUUAAUAAGCACGACGCUGAUUUUACAUCCUGUGCUGUAAGACUGCCAUUUGCUCACAGUGUCACCAUUGCUAAAGCUCCGUGCUUUACUUACAAAACACUAAAACCAGUGGUUAGUGUUUCACAGUGAUUUUAAUUUUAGAGUUAGUUACUGGCAUUCCUAAAGCCAUAGAGUACUGAGUCACGUCCCUGAAGUACUUUUGAAACAGAAUUAUCUCCUACUGUCCCAUGGUGUGCCCUGCCGAUCUCCUGGCCCCAAUGGGGCUAGCUAUACCAGGCAGCCAUAGCUGAGCCUGAUGAUUUCCUGUCACCAGUUUGACUUGAUUAUAUACCCAGAAUGGAAUACAUUCUUGGGCCUCUCAGUUCCUCAGCCCGGAUCCUCAUAGACGCCACGCUUUCGAUGGCUUUCGCGGCGCUUGUACCUCAGUGAGUCCUGAGAUUCUUGGGUUGGAGGGAACUACUUGUCCAGUAUUGAGGAACAUGUCUCCUCCACUGAGACGUAAAUAAUGAUGCAGGGCUGGAAGAGGCUGGCUGCUGACACUGCGUCGUGGCUGAUGUCAUUGCUCUUAGUUCUUUGAGUUAAGAACCUUUCAUAUAGAAGGCCUGAGGCUCCCUCAGAUCGUCCCUUGCCAAGAAGGCGCAGCUUAGGUCAUUAAUGCCCACAGUAGCCUUCUGGAGUGUAGCAAGUUCCUGCGUUUGAGACAGAAUGGUUCAGAUUUAUUUUCUACAUCUGUUGUUGACCCCAUGCAACCUCUCAUUUUGCCUUCCAGUCUACGUAGAUGAAAGAUGAAAGGCAGAGGAUGCAGACAGUCUUCUUUGUGAUUGCUUCUGUUAUUCUGUUGCAUCUACUGAGCCUGUUUUCUCCCUGUAUUUGCAUACAGUAUGUUUAUAAGUGAACUUGUUAAAAUAUUAAAUGAUCACUAACCUUAAA